AUGGAAUGGGUCGUAGUCGACAAAUUGAUGAUUAACGACGCCGGCGGCUCCAUCGUCCUCCACACGUUCGGCGCCUAUUUUGGGUUGGCCUGUAGCCUGGUUCUACAACGCAAAUCGCAGCGCGAGCACCCGAAUGAGGGCUCCAUCUACCACUCGGAUCAAUUCGCCAUGAUUGGUUCAAUCUUCCUGUGGCGAAAAUUCGACAUGGUCACCAUCGCCAACUCGACGCUGGCCGGGGGAGUUGCUAUUGGGACAAUCGCCAACGUAAUUCUCGAGCCGGUCUACGCCAUUUUGAUCGGCUUCAUCGCUGGCAUUGUCUCGGUGCUCGGCUACAAGUUCUUGACGCCGUUCCUGACGGAGCGUAUCGGUUUGCACGACACCUGCGGCGUGCAUAAUCUGCAUGGAAUGCCCGGCCUGAUUGCCGGCAUCGUCUCCGUAAUUGCCGCGACUCAUCAACUCGCCGCAAUCUUCAUCAUCCUCGGCGCUUCCUUACUUUCCGGCGCGCUGACAAGUCUUUUUCUCCGACUAAAAUUCUGGCGCCAACUCGAUGACGAGGCCCACUACUCGGAUGCCGAAUUUUUCGAGAUCCCAGAUGAUUUUGAGAGGGUGACGGCCACGGCCCGGGAA